AUGUCUGAGCACCCAGCCUUCACAAUGGCAGCCCUCUGCUCCAUCGGAGGCAUCAUCGGCUACUCUCGCACCCGGUCUAUCCCCUCGCUUGUGGCUGGUAUCACCGUCGGUGCACUAUACGGUUUCGGGGGCUACCGCAUUAAGAACGGUGGUGACUACGGUUACGAUAUCUGCGCUGCAGCAUCUGCAGUUCUGCUCGCCAGCUCGCUGCCGAGGGCAAGGAAAGGUCCAGUUCCAGCCGUCCUCACCGCCACGUCACUUGCAGCUGGCGCUUAUUACGGCAAGCAGGUCUACGAUUUCCGGAGCUAA